GUGUACAAACCCGCAAUUUUACGGCUGCAUCCGCACUGGUACAGCAACAAAUAUAGUCAAUCCCAUCAAAAGUGCCCGUAUUCGUAGCCUUCAUUCGUUUUCAUUCAAAUAUGGAAAGAUCGAAGUCAAAGCCAAACUACCUACAGGGGACUGGUUAUGGCCAGCUAUCUGGAUGAUGCCAACUUACAACCAAUAUUCCUCAUGGCCAUCUUCGGGAGAAAUAGAUAUAAUGGAGUCUCGAGGAAACAAACAUUUAGUUAAUCCCUACGGCACCAACAUUGGAGUUGAACAAAUCGGAAGCACCCUCCACUUUGGCCCCAACCCAAACUACAACAAAUAUUCAUUGACUCAUUACGAAAAAAAUAAUGCAACAGGCUAUGACUCAGAUUUUCAUAACUAUCAGUUGGAGUGGACAGAGAAUGCGUUGACUUUCUUCGUAGAUGACGAGGUGGUAGGUACCGUUACGCCACCCAGUGGAGGAUUUUGGGAGCUCGGAAGGCUGGCUGAUACUGGUCUGGAUAAUCCAUGGAAGAGAAAUUCAAAAAUGGCUCCAUUCGAUCAGGAAUUUCAUAUCAUACUGAACCUUGCUGUUGGGGGUGUGGCAUUCUUCCCAGAUGAUGGUAAUAAUCCUGGAGGAAAACCGUGGAAGAAUGAUUCUCCUAAAGCGGCAACUGACUUCUGGGAAGGUAGAGAACAGUGGCUGCCUANUAUUGAAAAGUUUGAUUAUGCCUUCUCUCAAAUUUUCUCCAUCAGUUUCCUGGUAAUUGAAGAUUCGUAG